AUGUUAUAUAAAUGGUGUGUGCUUUGCAUUCCAAUUGGCAGCUCUGUGGAAAAAGACGCUCUGUUAUUGUCCUUGGGAACAUCAACCCAUCCAAGACGGGAAAAAAAAGAAAGAGGAGCUGGAACUCUGUGGGCUGAUCUGAGCUCCACACAAAACACGUCUGAUUUUAGAGACAGAAAAGCCCACGAAUUGAAGAAAUGGACGACCAAGUCACCUCAGCAGAUAUCUUUGAUAUGUUCUCUCCCUGUUUCAUGUCAAACAACAGAGCUGCUCCCUCCUCCUCCUGCUCCUCAGCCAGGGAGCCAAUCAGCUGUUGUCAAUCAAUCAAACCCAAUCAAUCGACGGCUGGCUGGUAAACAGGUCGACUAA